AUGGGCGCAGCCGAAUCAAAAAUUCAGUUUAAAUCACACUUCAAUGAGUUGACAUCCACGAGUGAUAUUUCGGAGGAAAACCAAAUAUGGAAUUUCAUUCUAGGAGAUGGGAUUGAAAGCCGCGAACUGUGCAGUCUGGUUCCUGCAAAGGACGUUAGGGAAGUCAAAGAAACGCAUCCCGAGAACUUCGAAACACUGCUUAAGGUUUGCAUCAAACGGCUUGUUCAGUCAACCAGACCAUCUGCUAUUGGAUCGCACUCGGACCAACCCGUAUUAUCGAGUAUUCGCGUUCUGACGCGUGUACUUCCACUAGCAUAUGAAGGCGACUCCACAUGGGGUAUAGAUUAUAUUUGGAAAUCCACACUAGGAAAAGAUCUGAUUGAUACGGUGGCUAGAUUAUUUUAUUAUCCUGGAUUUACAGUUGAAAGUGACCAGCAAAUAUGGACUCAAGGUGUCGGGACGGUGCUCGAUUUCCGGCCCAGCGCGAGGAUGGUUGAGAAUCGAAUUGAGGUGAUGCGACUGCUUUUGGUCGCGCUUUCGCAGCCACUCUAUUCUGAAGAUACACCAUAUGGAUUGAAUUAUAUGGUCAGUGAGCUUCCAAAGGCACAGAUCAUGACUAUAUUUUGUUCGUUGUUCAAUACAAGUUUAGCCAACGCGAGGUCGAUUUGGAACAAGCCUUUCGAGGAAGAAGUUGUUCGCACAUCACAGGCAGCUAUGGCACAUUUGUCUCAGCAAUUAUUUUUGACGCUGGUCGUUCAUGUUAAUUCUGAGGGUAAGCCUAACGUGUUUCGGAAGCUUCUGUCCAAGAUUCGCCAAAAAGAUGAUUUGGAAUUGGUUGUCAGCAGGCUUGUGGUGAAGCUCGAUGCCAGUAUUGAGAAUUUGUCGCUAAUGUGGGAGUGCGUUCAGGCCAAUCAAGGAGUUCUCGAUCAUCUAGGCGGUGUUGUGCUGGAUGUGUGCAAGCGGCUUGUUGAUAUUGUUCUGCACUCGAGUCCGCAGGAAGUUCCUCGCACGGCAAGCUACUUACUACUAUUUCUGACAUCUCGUCAAGAUAUUGCUCCCUCAAUUGCGAAUGAGUUGCUCGGGUUGGCUACAAUCCCUAUGAAUCAACAUGUGGACGUUGUGCUCCGCAUUCUUUAUAACGUGUGUCCAUUUUGGUCGAGUUUGGAUGUGGAAACCUCGGUAGAGCUCACUCGGUUUGUACGGGAAAUCACUAUCAAUGGAACGCCUAAACAAAUUGUCUGGGCGACCAAGCUCGUCAAGCAGACGCUCGCCAGUCUCCAGGAAGGAGCCAAACCGCUGGUCUUUGAACUGAGUAAAGUCGCCUGGCCAGGAAUUCUGGCUUCGUGGUUUGCCGAGUAUGCCAGAGAAGUCAAAGAGUCUGAUCCUGUAACGUUUGAAGCGGUGCAGAUGCCCAAAGUUCUCACUGAAGACUACAGGUCUAUAAACUUCGAGUGGAGUCCCGAAAGGCUGCGAUGGUACGCAUCGAUAAUCUGGGGCACGAAUUUCCGGUACGAUCAGCAGGUAUUUGGCCCAGGAGCAUGGACGGGCACUCACAUUGAGCUGUUUAGGGUUGAAAAGGUGAACCUGAGGCCUUCACUUCGGCGGCCUCGCGGAGCGGUUGAUGCGGUUGCGGACGUUGUUGCAGAGCGGGCGAAAAACUGGAUUAUGAAAAAUAAAUAA